CUGAGAGCGAGAGGCAGACUCUUAAAAACAGCAAGAGCCAAAAACACAUACUUGGCAUUCUUAAGGGAAGAGUCGACGUGAAACCUGCGCCGUAAUCAUUACAGCUGGAAAAAAAAGAAAAGAAAAGAAAACGACCUUCAUGUGGGAGGAUGACUUUAGCGGCGGAGGACGCGCAGAUGAUUUCCUCCACCUUAGGGGGAGGAUCCGUCCACGUAACGCGAGGCAAACUCACCGCAUUUGCUCGCAUUAGCGUUUCCUCCUUCAGCCGUGAUGCAUCAGAGUAAUGAAGCGGCAGCCUGGAGAUGACCGUGGUACCCCCGCUCACAGCCCGCAGUCUUCAUAGAAGAAGAGACCGCUGCUGAACUUCGCUUUCAUUCGGACGUUUUUGGUGAUUUUUUGCGUAAAGAGGGGGAGUGACUGUUUCUUAAUAAAGCCAUCAUCGUAAAAAAUUAAAGAAGUGAAAUCUAGAGGAUGAGCAGCUUAGGUCAUGUACCCACACGGGUGAAAUCCAAGCGGACUGAGGUCAGGCUCGGCGCGGAGAGGGAUCAUUUUGACAAGCAGCAGCUCAGCAGCAUCAGCAAAGCCAUCAAUUCCACUGAGAUACCUGUGAAAGAGAAACAUGCUCGACGAAUCAUAUUGGGCACUCACAGGGAGAAGGGAGCCUUCACCUUCUGGUCCUACGCUCUGGGCUUCACCUUUCCCAGCAGCUCCAUCCUUUGCUGGAAGUUCUGCCAUGUGCUGCACAAAAUCCUGCGAGACGGGCACCGCAAUGUUCUACAAGACUGCACGAGACAUUACAGCUCCCUGGUUGAAAUUGGGGAAAUAUGGGGCAACCUCCAUGACAGAUACGGACAGCUGGUGACUCUCUACUCGAAGCUGCUCUGCACAAAACUGAAGUUUCAUACGAAGCAUGGCGAUAUCCCAGCAAACCUGGAGAUCACAGAUGAAGAGCUGGAGCGCACUGCAGGAACAGACAUUAAUAAUGUGUUCCAGCUCUCUGUGGAAGUGUUUGAUUACAUGGACGCAGAGCUGCGGCUGGCCGAGACAGUGCUCCGACAGCUCAACUCGUCCCUCGCCAUGACAACUCUCACAUCAAGCCAGUGUCGCCUGGCUCCGCUGAUCCAGGUCAUCCAGGACUGCAGUCACCUCUACCACUUUGCCGUCAAGUUGCUGUUCAAGCUGCACGCCUGUCUCCCUGCUGAUACUUUGCAAGGACAUCGUGAUCGUUUCCACGACCAGUUUCACAAACUUAAGAACUUCUUCAAUAGAGCCAGAGAGAUGAUCUACUUCAAGAGACUCAUCCAGAUCCCCAAGCUGCCUGAAUCCCCGCCUAACUUCCUGCAUGCAGCCUCACUGGCGAAACACGUGAAGCCAGUGGUGGUCAUCCCCAAUGAGGAUGAACCGGAGAUGCAGGAUGACGAGGAUGACGAGCCGGAGCCGCUCAUCGAGGUCGACAGCUUCACGACCUCCAGCGUACAGGCUCAGCCGCAGCAAGUGGACAUAUUUGAUCAAACCUUCGGACCUCCAAAUGGAGGCUUUGACGACAGGGACCUCCAGAUUGAAACCCUUAAGCGGGAACUCGAGCUGCUGAGAGCAGAGCUGGAGAGGGUGAAAGCCGAGGCUCAGCGUUACAUCACGCAGCUCAAAUCCCAGAUCAAUAGUUUGGAGGCAGAGCUGGAAGAACAGCGUGCGCAGAAACAACGAGCCCUUGUGGAAAAUGAACAGCUGCGCAUGGAGCUCGAAGCGACCCGCCGCCGCAACACUGAUCACGAGAGCUUACAGACCACCUUCAUCGAGGCUGAAAAAAGGGCACAAGCCACUGAACAGCGGUACAAUAAGCUGAAGGAGAAGCACACAGAGCUGGUGGCCAGCCAUGCUGAGCUGCUUCGGAAGAGUGCAGACACUGUGAAGAUGCUGUCAGUAACCCAGCAGACCCAGGAGGAAGUAGAGAGAACCAAACAGCAGCUGACCUUUGAGAUGGAUCGAAUAAAGCAGGAAGCUGACAUGAAGAUGGAAGAGCAGAGGUUUGAGGUGGAGAGGGUGAAGAGAGAGCUGGAGGAGAAGAUGGCAGAAGUGACCCGUAUCAAGGCGACCCUGCAGAGCAGUGAGAAGACGUCGGAGCAAAUUAACAGCUCGAUGACGGCUCUGCAGGCGGAGAAGGAGCGUCUGAUGCGGUCUGUGAGCGAGAAGGAGGCUGAGCUGUCAUCAGUGCGGCAGACUGCGCAGCUGCAGCAGUCGUCGCUUCAGCAGGAGCGAGAUAAGACCAGCAGGGAGCUGGGAGAGCUGCAGGGAAAACUGAAGGAGAAGACAAGUCAGGAGGAGAAGAUGAAGCAGAAGCUUCUGGAGGAGCAGUUUGCCCUGCUGCAGGGAACUAUAACAGAAGCUGAGACCAUCAUCCAAGAUGCUAUUGCCAAGCUGGAUGAUCCCCUCCAUAUACGCUGCACCAGCUCUCCAGAUUACCUCAUAAGUCGGGCGGAGGCUGCACUUGGCUCCAUCGACAAAGUGAAAAAGGGCCAUGCAGAUUAUCUGAGAAACAUGAGCGAUGCUGGCACGCUGCUGAGAUCUCUGACCCAGUUCUCUCACUUGACCGCGGACACAAUUGUUAACGGCAGCGCUACUGCACACAUGGCACCCACUGACCAUGCCGACAAACUGACGGAGAACUGCCGAAGCUGCGGCACUCAGAGUCUGCUGUUCUUGAGGGAGAUGAAGUCCAAGGCCACGCUACAGAAGGCAGACCCAGCCACCAUUCGCAUAAUCAUACAGAAGAUCCUACACCUGGGUCAGGAGCUGCGGCCAAAGGGCUUGGACGUUCGUCAGGAGGAGCUGGGAGACCUGGUCGACAAGGAGAUGGCUGCAACAUCUGCAGCUAUUGAGGAGGCAGUCCGCAGGAUCGACGAAAUGAUGAGUCAGGCACGAAAAGACACCACAGGAGUUAAACUGGAAGUCAAUGAAAGGAUCCUCUUCAGCUGCACAGACCUGAUGAAGGCCAUCCGCAUGCUGGUCAUAGCAUCCACCGACUUGCAGAAGGAGAUUGUCGAGGGUGGGCGGGGCGCAGCCACCAUUAGGGAGUUCUAUGCCAAAAACUCUCGCUGGACAGAGGGACUCAUCUCUGCUGCCAAGGCGGUGGGAUGGGGAGCCACGGAGAUGGUAGAGUCUGCUGAUAAGGUGGUUCUGCACACGGGAAAAUAUGAGGAGCUGAUCGUCUGCUCUCAUGAGAUUGCUGCAAGCACAGCGCAGCUGGUGGCGGCUUCAAAGGUUAAGGCAGAUCGCCACAGCAAGAAGCUGACAAAACUCCAGCAGGCUUCUCGCCACGUGAACGAAAUGGCAGCUAACGUGGUGGCCUCGACAAAGACGGGCCAGGAGCACCUGGAGGACAAAGAUACAAUGGACUUCUCUGGGAUGUCGCUAAUUAAGCUGAAAAAAGAAGAAAUGGAGUCACAGGUGAAAGUGUUAGAAUUGGAGAGCAUGCUAGACAAUGAGCGUCUGCGCUUGGGCGAGCUCAGGAAGAAGCACUACGAGAUAGUCGGAGUUCCUCUGGACCAGCUUGCCGAGGGGAACGGUGAAACCUCCUCGCUGGUCAAUCCUGUCACCAUGUCACCAAAACCCUUAAAGCCCAGUCUCAUGAAGAAACCUCCACUGGCCCAGAAACCCAACAUCCCACCCAAAAAUCAAUUUGCAUACAGUUUUAAAUAAAUGCCUGAGCAGAAGAAUGAGAAGCACUAACAGGAUGGUUGGACUGAAGAGGAGGAAGACGGCCUUUUUGUGAACCUGCACUUCCUUUAAGUUGCAUGCUGACAAUCCUCUAAUCCUGCUUCUAUUGUCUCCGUUUCCUGCUUUUAUUUGUCUUUCCUUUUUUUGCCAAAAUGGACCAGAAGCCUGAUGUUUGAUGCUUGAUGUCUGGGUUUUUUUUGUUGUUUGUUUGUUUUGUUUUGUCUUUUUAUUUUCAUGUUAUUGUUAGGCAUCGAGAACAAAAGGUAAAUGCUAAAGUUUUUGGUUGUAUUUAAAGUAUUUUUUUUCUUCUCUAUAUAAUUUUAAACCAUUAAACACUACUCCUGCUUUUUAAAAUGCAAACCUCGUCACUGACCGCAAAUCGACAGCAUAUCUUGAACUUGUAGGAUUGUUAGAUUUGAUCAUCUUCUUUUCUGUUUUGGGGUUAUGUUUUUUCGCUGUUUUGGAUGUUUGUCACAGAGCACAUCAGUUUUCUCAGCGUACACUGUAUGAUAUUUGUGGUGUGGUGGGUUUUAAAGAAAACUGGGGGAAUCACUUGCAUCCACGUUUCAAAAAUUUAACAUACCUCCAAUCAUCGCCUUCACAAUGGACACCAUUCAUGUCCUGUGUAAAACUGCUUUCUUUCUCAAGAAUACAAGAUUGUCUCAGAGGCCUUGAAUAGUGCUGUACCAGUGCACUGAAUGAUACCUGUAGAGACAUACAGUCUGUAUAGGAGUGUGCAAAGUAUUUAUAGCUACACUCAUCUCUUUAAAUACCCCUUUACUAGCAGAGAACCUGGAUAUUAUGUCAAAUAGAUGCUGUAGUGCUCGCACGCACAUACUGGCUGUAGGUGUCCUUAAUUAUCAAAUGCUUCUUUCAGGCUGAAUAUGCAGAUUAUAGGUUUUAGUAGUUGUAUGAUAUCAAGGUGUUGAAGUCCUUGCUGCCUCCGGGAGCCUUUUCUUAUAGGGUCUUACAGGUUCUGUUCUUUCCUCUGUAUGAAAUGUCUUUAUAAGCUCAGAUCUAUUAAUAUAUUUUAGUAAAGAUACUGGUGGGUUUUUUUUCCUUGUAACAUGAA